CCGGUAUCUUUAGGGUCUUCACAUGAGAAACAUGCUACUUCCGUCGGUGGUGUAACCUUUGUUGCCUUCCUUCCUCGUUUUGGAAGGCGACACGUGAACUUCAACUGAGAUUUGUAGCAAGAACUUCUGCAGUUACUUUAUUAUUCCAGUGUUUAAACAUUUCCUCUGGACUCUAGCCAAGAAAGGGAGAAACUCACGGCUUUGGAGACGCCAAAACAUUUGCCCCCUGCUAGGGAGUCGGAACGAGAGAAAACGGAGGCAGAUGUUACUCGGACUCGUUUUUCAGUUGUACGUUCCUUUUUCUCGGCCUACCGGCGACCUUUACGGAGGGAUUCUGAACCUCGAGCACGAGUUUUAGUUGAUUCCCUCGCGCUUAGCAGUCAUGCCACAGAAUGAAUACAUAGAGUUACAUCGUAAGCGCUAUGGUUAUCGCUUGGAUUACCAUGAGAAGAAGAGGAAGAAAGAAGGCCGUGAGGCUCAUGAGCGUUCAAAGAAAGCCAAGAAAAUGAUUGGUUUGAAGGCCAAGCUUUACCAUAAACAGCGCCAUGCAGAGAAGAUACAGAUGAAAAAGACCAUUAAGAUGCAUGAAAAAAGAAAUACCAAGCAGAAGAAUGACGAAGAAACGCCAGAAGGAGCUGUGCCAGCAUACCUGCUAGACAGAGAAGGCCAAUCCCGAGCUAAAGUUCUUUCCAACAUGAUUAAACAGAAGCGAAAAGAGAAAGCAGGGAAAUGGGAGGUUCCUGUACCAAAAGUCCGUGCCCAGGGAGAGACCGAAGUUCUUAAAGUGAUUCGGACAGGGAAGAGAAAGAAGAAGGCAUGGAAAAGAAUGGUUACAAAAGUGUGUUUUGUUGGGGAUGGCUUCACACGAAAACCUCCAAAAUAUGAACGAUUCAUUCGGCCAAUGGGUUUGCGGUUCAAGAAGGCCCAUGUGACUCAUCCUGAACUCAAAGCGACUUUUUGUCUGCCUAUACUCGGUGUAAAAAAGAAUCCUUCUUCUCCACUCUAUACAUCUUUGGGAGUAAUUACAAAAGGUACCGUCAUCGAGGUUAACGUUAGUGAACUUGGUCUUGUGACACAAGGAGGCAAAGUAGUUUGGGGAAAAUAUGCACAAGUGACCAACAAUCCAGAAAAUGAUGGGUGCAUUAAUGCACUUCUACUUGUAUAGGUGGACCGCAAUACUUCACUGCCUUUUUUCUAAGAAGAGGAGUACCUUGAAAUACGGACAGAUGCUUGCUUUGUGACAUAAAUACUGGAAGAACUGAAAGUUGUAUACUAUUUUGUUCAUUGUAAAUCCAUCAGUAAUAAAAAAAUGUUUGCCAAA